AUGAAGAAGAGGCACACCCCAGCGAGCUGCCGCGGCGGCGGCGAAGGCGUCCGCUGCGGCGUCGCGCUGCUCCUCGCGGCGCUGGUCCUGUCCGGCGACGUCGCCGGCGCCACCUCCUUCAACUACAAGGACGCGCUCACCAAGUCGAUCAUGUUCCUCGAGGCGCAGCGCUCCGGGAAGCUGCCGCCCGACAACCGCAUCAAGUGGCGCGGCGACUCCGGCAUGGAGGACGGCAAGCUCGCCCAUGUUGAUCUAACGGGCGGGUACUACGACGCGGGCGACAACGUGAAGUACGGGCUGCCGCUGGCGUUCACGGUGACGACGCUGGCGUGGGCGGCGCUGGCGUUCAAGCCGGAGCUGCAGACGGCGGGGGAGCUGAAGCACGUGCAGGAGGCCAUCAGGUGGGGCACCGACUACAUCCUCAAGUGCGCCGCCAAGAAGAACCACAUGUGGGUCCAGGUGGGCGACCCCAACCUGGACCACCAGUGCUGGGUCCGCCCCGAGAACAUGCCCACGCCCCGCACCCUCUACCAGAUCGACGGCAACACCCCCGGCACCGAGAUCGCCGCCGAGACCGCCGCCGCCCUCGCCGCCUCCGCCAUGGUCUUCCGCAACGACAAGAACUACGCCCGCCGCCUCAUGAACAAGGCCAAGCUGCUCUACCAGUUCGCCAGGAGCCACCUCAAGACCUACGACGGCGAGUGCCCCUUCUACUGCUCCUACUCGGGCUACAACGACGAGCUGCUCUGGGCCGCCACCUGGCUCUUCAUGGCCACCAAGCGCCAGGUCUACGCCGACUUCAUCACCCACGAGGCCAUCUCCUCCAGCGUCGCCGAGUUCAGCUGGGACCUCAAGUACCCCGGCGCGCAGAUCCUCCUCGCCCCGCACAACAUGAACGCCAGCGGCGGCUUGCAGAGCUACAAGACGCAGGCCGACAACUUCGUCUGCGCCGUGCUCCCCGACACCCCCUUCCACCAGGUCUUCAUCACCCCCGGCGGCAUGAUCCACCUCCGCGACGGCGCCAACUCGCAGUACGUCACCGGCACCGCCUUCCUCUUCCUCGUCUACGCCGACUGGCUCCACACCGCCCGCCAGGACGUCAUGUGCGGUGCCACGCCCAUCAAGCCCGCCAGGCUCAGGGAGUUCGCCAAGCAGCAGAUGGACUACCUCCUCGGCGCCAACCCGAGGGGGAGGUCCUACGUCGUCGGCUUCGGGGCCAACCCGCCCACGCAGCCGCACCACCGCGGCGCGUCCACGCCGGUGCUCAAGCCCGGGACGGUCGUCAACUGCGGCAUGAGCUUCGGCGACUGGUUCGCGCCCGACCGGCCCAACCCCAACGAGCUCACGGGGGCCAUCAUGGGCGGGCCCGACGGCGCCGACAACUUCAUCGACAAGCGCAACGCGUCGGCGUGCACCGAGCCCUGCACCUACAUCAACUCCCUCGCCAUCGGCGCGCUCGCCGCGCUCGCCGGACGCGGGCCCAACCUCGUCGCCUCCAAGUCCCACGGAUACGAUCAGAUGUAG